AUGGAUACCGGUGGCUUCUCCUCAAACCAAACCGCCGCUGGCCAAGACGGCACCCGUCUUCAAGGUCUCGCGGGCACAGAAUCCGAAAAGCAACUCACCCAACGCGAGGUCGCUGCGCUCAAAACUAUGAAACGCAAUGUCAGCAUAACCAAGUAUGGAGGAUGGAUGGUCGGUGCCGCCGGAACCUACGUCUUGCUAAAUCGUCGAAAGCCGCGACCUCGGUUGCUCGCUAGAAUGGGAUGGAGUGUUGUUGGCGGUUUCGGAGGGUCUUUCCUCAUGAUACCGAUCGGUAUCUUGUUGAGUAAGAAUGUGCUGAGGAACGUGGAAGACCCACAGCAUCUGAGAAGAGUGAUGCUUGGAGCAAUGGAAGAACAGAGACAGGGAAAGAGACCUCAGAUAGGUGUAGCGCCGCCGAAGGGGUUGAAUGGAGAAGCGGACUUUGACCAGGGUUUGCAGCAGCAGCAGCAAGGUGGGGAAGGGUGGGGUGGUGAACGUGCAGCAACAAGCUAUCCCGGAUUCGAGGGCAACAACGGCUCCUUCAGCUCCUCCUUCCCCUCUCUAUCGUCUGAGCCUUCCUCUUCGAGCGCACAAGAGUCGACGACGACCCCUCCUGGCACCGGUACAGGCACACGCUGGGCUCAGCUCCGAGGCGAGCGUGGCGUGGAACCUAGCAAAUGGGAACGUAUUCGUCAAGAUAAUGCCCGUACCACGUACAACCGCUCCAACGCCUCUUCAGCAGAUCAGCCGCAAUCGGACGACCCUUCAGCUUUCAAUAACAACCCUUCCCAACCAUCCACUGUACGACAGCAACCACCUCCUCCCAACAACGGCUCUUACCCCUCUCGCUCAGCUUCUCCGCGCAACAGAGAUGAGCCGGUAAUGACCUUGUCUGGCGCGGAAGAUGAUCCGCGAUGGUCAUCCCCCGCCACUUUCUCACCGCAAUCUUCCGGAUGGAGCAACGGCGAGUUCGUCGAUGAUCCCGCCGCUUCCUCUUCCUCCUCUGGCCGACGCAGCGCCAGAAGAGGAUACGGCAUUCUCUCAGUCCUCGAAGAGCCAAGUUCCGGCUUCCAAAUUGAAUCCGACGCUCCAGUUCAAGUCGUCAAAGGGUCUCUCCUUGCCGCAUUGGUUGGAGGGGUAGGUGGUUCGAUCUACGGUGUCCUCAAUGGAAAACAAGGAGCAGGAACAGUCCUCGGCACACGAAUGGCUUUCAGCUCCUUCGCUUUCGCAUUUCCCUUCUUCGCCGUCCGAGAAUACAUCGUCUCACCCGUUCUCAACCGAACUUCGUCCGGCCCAGAUUUCGCGAACCGACACAUGCGCCUGCGUACGGUCACGAAGAACAAACACACGGACAAACUUCUCGCUUCCGGUCUAGCUGGCGCGGUAGUAGGCGCUGGUGCUGCAGCGUUCACCCGCGGCCCUCAGGCAAUCCACAAAGGUCUAGCAACCUUGGGCGUUGCUUGUAUGGGGUUGCAGCUGACAGGGAACGAGUUGAGGGUGGUGAGGGACGCUAUGAUUCGACCUUCUCCCCGUGGCGCACCGCUAGCUGUGCCAGAGUUAAUGAAGGCUUCUUCUACUGAUGCAGCGGUGAGUGCGUCACAAGCAGUUGCGCCAAUGGCGGAUGUUCAACCCACUCCUCAAGUCAAUCAGGAAGGAGGGAAGGGCUGGUUGGAGAAGGUGAAAGGAGCGAUGCCGAUCAGGAGUGUGAGUGAUGAAGAGUACGAGCAGAAACUAAAGGAGAGAUUGAGUGGGGUGAAUCAGAGGAUGGCGGAUGUUGAGGCGGAGAUCAGGGAGAUCGAGGGACUGAUUGCUGAACAGCAGUCGAAGCAGGGGGAUUCCAGUCCAUCUAGCUGA